UUUAUUUUUUGUUUAGUGUGUGUGUAUGUAUGUGUCUGAUUUUUGUUCAUCAUUCCAUUGUUCGAAUCAAUAGAUAGAUCAUAAUAAUAAAUUUCAUCAUAGAUCAUCGAUGGCUUGUAUGGAUUUUUCAUUUGAUUCAAGAAUUCGUAAAAAAUAUGUUCCAUUAAUUAAUCAACAGAGAUAUCUACGCCAUGUAAAACGUAUUGCUGCCCGUAAUUUAUUUAUUCCAGAACCAUUAUUACGAUCUAAAUUACGAUUAUUUGGUGAAAAUAAUGAUAAUAUUGUCGAUGAUAAUGCUGAGGAUGAAACACGAUUAUAUUCCAGUUUAAAUAUUUCAUUCUAUUAUACUAUACAUUAUCCAUUCAUUCGAGAAUGUCCUAAUCAUCAUCAAAGUGAUCCUUCAUCACGAUUAACCAAUGAAAUCCACUGUGAUUGUAAUUGUGGACGAUUAUUAUAUCGUAGUGAAUUUCUCAUGAAUAAUAAUCCAUCAUGGAAAGGUCUAGAUGGCUCAUCACUUUGUUCACCAUCAAUUUCACAAUUUAUUGUUCGCGUUUAUUUCGUUCGAAUGGAUCAAAUACCAUCGUCGAGGUUGAUUAGAAAUUUAACGAAUAAAAUCAAAGAUCAUCAUGAUCAUCAAUGUCAAGAAAAAUAUGAAACGGAUGAUGAAAUUGGUACAUUAUUUCUAGAAUGGAAUGUAAAUCUAACUGGUCUGCUAUAUAUUGGUGAAGAAUUUCCAAAAGAUCGACGUCUCACUAGAAAUUCAAUAAUAUUUGGUUUUGCUGAAGGUUUCUAUACAAGUGUAUGUUCUGUGGCCAAUGAAACACUGCUUACACAUUCAAUGCCACCAAGUGAAAGUUUACAAAUUACCGAUUUCCAUAUAACUCGUGAUUCAUAUUGUUUAAAUACAUUGAUUCGAAUACAAAUGGUACAAUGUAUAAUGCAAGCAACAGCUACACAAUCGCAGCUAGAAAAAUCAUCAUUGGAAGAUGAAUUAAUGAAAUUUCGUCAGAAACAAGAAUUACAAUCAGAUAUUGAACGGAUGAAAACAUCAAUUGAAUUCUUGACAAUCAUAGCUGAACGUCGUCGAAAACGAUUACAAAAAUUACAACAAGAAAUGGCCACAAUUGAAGAAAAAUUAUGUGAAUAUAAUAUGGACAUGUCAUCGAAUGUUCAACUGUUGAAACAGGAAUUAUCAUUACUUAGUGAAUUACGUUCAAUUAAAUUACCGGAAACCGUAAGAAAAUUAUCUCAAAUACGAUCGGCACUUGUUUAUCAUCGAAAAUCAUUGGCAAGAAAAUUUUUCUCCCAUAUUUAUCCGAUUGUUCCAUUUCCAGAUGGUAAUGGUUAUUCAAUAAAUUGUAUCCAUUUGCCUAGUGCUCAACAAAUGGAUCAUCAUCAAUUGAAAAUGAUUUCCAUCGGCCUUGGUUAUGUUGCACAUCUUGUCUAUUAUCUUUCAAUCGUAUUGGAUGUAUUUCUUUUUCAUCAGAUAAUACCAUUUGGUUCAAAUUCUUCGAUAUUAGAUCUCUAUAACAGGCUAUUACCACCUAAUGAUCGUAUCGUUCCAUUAUAUCCAAAAUCUAGAUCAAAUUUAAAUAUAAAAUUCUUUAAACAUGGUUGGCAUCUAUUGAAUCGUAAUAUUGUAUUUUUACGUCAAUCAAUGGGCAUUGAUGAUUCGAUCGAUUUAGCGUUAACAUUAUGUAAUUUAUAUUCAUUAUAUCGUAAACGAUUUGCCUAUGAUAAUUAUAAUGAUGAUAAUGAUGAUGAUCAUCAAAAUAAUGACGAUAAUGAUUGUCAUUUCACAAAUGAUGAUACAAUGAAUCGUUUCAAUACAUAUUCACCAUCGAUUAUCGUCGAUUCAUCACGUUCAAAUUCACAACGUUUACAUAGCCUCCACCACGAUAAUGAUGUUAGAUUUGAUUUGGAUGAUGAAAAACUUUUACGUAAUAUCAAUGAAGUAAAAAUCAACGAUAUAAUGAUCGAUACAUUAUGGAAAGAAGUCGAACAAAUGACACUACAAUCGAUGAAAAUGAAUUCACAAUCUACUUCAAAGAAACAACAAUCAAGAAAUUCACAACAACAACCACCAUCAACAUCUGCAAUGGUAGCUAUCGUUGAAGAACAAAUCAAAGAUAUUAUCAUUAAACAACGGCAACAAAAACGUCAACAAAAUUCAGAAUUACUAAGUCAACUGUCAUCAUCAUUGUCAUUUUCACGUGCAUCAUCAUCAUUCGAUAUAUUGACACCCAAUUCAAUACGUUCAUCUGUGAUAUCUACAUCAUCACCACAGGAAAUUCUUCGUCACCAACGGCGACGAUUUAGUACAACAAAUCAACCAACAUUAUCAUCAUCAUUUGGUUCAAAUGGUAGUGGUGUUGUUGGUGAUCAUCAUCAUCAUCAUAAUAAUUCAUUAUCAUCAUCAUCAUCAUCAUCAUCAACGUUUCGUAUAAAUACCGGUCAUCAUUGUGCAUCAUCAUUAUUAUUUCAACAAUUUCAUUCAAUACGUAGAAUUCAAAAUCAACAAAAUCAGCAACAAGCUAGUGCAUCAAAUAAUAAUAAUCAUAAUAAUAAUAUAAUUUCGAUUGUUUGUUUACCUCUUACUCUUAUUACACGAAAAAAAUGA